AGGACUCCACAAUCUUCAGAAGGAGAUCCUUGUGACCCCUGGAGCCCCUUGAGAUUCUGGAGUCCCCAGAAUCUCUUUUCUGGAGUUCUCGGAUCCUCUGCAUCCUGUGGCUGAUCCUACAACUAACCUUACGUCGCGCGCCUUCACUCUGCCUAUACAAAGUUAAUCAUGUCACUGAAUACCUUUGAAUACUUAUUUGAUUUCACCAUGGUGCUACUUGUGAUCAGGAUACUGGCUUGCUUAGUAGCAGUGCGAUGCACGACAUACUUUGCUAAUUUUGGACCGAUUCACGACAUCGGAUAUAUUGUUAAUAGUGGACUCACUCUGGAGACAGAGCGCAAUGUUAGUACUGGACCGACUCUGGAUACCGGGUACGACAGUGUUGAUGCUGGACCGUCUCCCGAUCUCGGUUUACCUCUCCUACAGGAAGCCAAACGCGAGCAUGUUGUCACGACUUCCAAUGUUGGCGGCUGUUGGACGUUCUGUUCUAUUGUUGCGGCCGUCUCUGGAAUUGCUGUCGUGUCUGGACUCGCUUUUGCUGCCUGGAGGAAUUACCGACGUCCUAAGGAGACACACUACACUGUCACGGAAGUCUUGGAUCUCCAGGAGGAAAUCGAUGAAAAAAUCUUGGAUCUCGAGUUGGAUGUCGAGGAUCUCCAAGAGGAAGUCGCAGAUCUCCAGAAGGAAGUUGCAAAUCUCCAGGAGGAAGUUGCAGAUCUCCGGGAAGAAGUAUUGAAUCUCUACGACGAAAUCAUGGAUCUCGAGAUGGAAGCCGAGGAUCUACAGGAGGAAGUCGCAGAUCUCACGGAGGAACUCUUGACCAAAAUGGCUGACGAGGAAAAGCUGCAGGAAGAGAACCAACGUUUGCGAGAGGGGUUAAGAAAUGCCGCCGGAGCCAUUGAACGUCUUGAAAGGCUUCUGAAGGAAAAAGCUGAAGAAGCUGUAAACGUCAUACAGAAGAAUGACAAGGAUGCUCACAUCCAAGAUCUGUUGGCAGAGAAUGAUAAAGUGAAAGAAGAUCGCAAACGUUUGGAAGAGAAAUUAAGAGAAGCAGCCAUCAACAUGGACGAUAUAGAAAGUCUUUUAAAAGAAAAAGAAGACGAAAAGCUAGAGAUGAUAAAUCUCUAUGAUGAUCACAUCCAGGAUCUGUUGGCAGAGAACGAGAAAGUGAAAGACGACUGCAAAUGUUUAGAAGAGAAAUUAAGAAAUGCAGCCAACAACAUGGAGAAAAUGGAAAGUCUUUUGAAAGAAAAAGAAGAUGAAAAGAUAGAGUUGGCAAAUCUCCAUGAUGAACAGAUCCAAGGAUUGUUGACUGAGAAGGAUAAGAGGAUAGAAGAGCUCUUAAUACAGACUGAAAACAGCGAUAGUCAGAUCCAAGAUUUGUUGGAAAAGUUAGAUGAAAAAGAAUGUGAAAUAGCAGUGUUAAAAAAUACUUUUUCCAACAAGAUAGAGAACAUGAACCUUCAGAUCCACGAAGCUCAUAAUAACCUGGAGGAAUUGAAGAUGGCCUUGAAGAAAGAAGAACAGGAGAAAACGCACAUCACAAAUCUCUAUAAGAAAAUGACUGAGAGCAGGGACCGUCAGGUCAGAGAUUUGUUGGCUAAGGAGGAGGAACUAAUGGAGGAGCAAGAGAUUUUGAGAGAACAAUUAGCCGAAACAUUAAGUUGUGUUGCAGAUAUAGAAAAGUUAUUGGAUGAGGAACAUGAUGCAAAAACAGUAAUAGAACAAAAAUUACAGCGCUCCUUGAAAAAGGCCGAAGAUUCAAUUCUGGAAACAAGUCUUUUGUUAAAGGAAAAGGACAGUCAGAUUGAGAAGCUUCGUCAACAGGAGCAAGAACUGCGAGAAAAGCUGCAGAAGAAGGAGAGCGAACACAAGACUUUAUCUGUCCGAGAAAAGGAGAUGGAAAUUCUCCUCAAUAGGGAGACAGAGCUAUUGAAAGAUAAGGAAAACGAAAUAAUUCUCUUGAGAAUAAGUAUUCAGGAGAUAUUACAAGAGAGGGAGCAAGAACGAGAGAGCCUGAAGGAUCAGAAUGGCCACUUGCAAGAAGAGGUGGUGCAUCUGCAGAAUAGUCUGGUAAUUGCUGCAAGCAAUGAAGAAACACUGAAAAGCGAGUUGAACUGUGCAAAAGGACAGCUCCAACACUUGCAAAAAACUGAGAGGCAGAAUCUACAAAAAUACCAGGAGUUAACAAAAGAGUGUGAACUAUUACAGGAGACGUGUAGAAAGUUAGAAGAAAGUAAGGAAAAGGUAGAAAAAUGUGCCAGGGAACAACAAAUGAUGCAGGAAGAAGCCUUAAGAAUGCAAGAUAAAUACAUGUUGAUGGGACUUCUCAACAAUAUUGCUCGAAGGGAUUUCAAGUUACAACGCAUUUUGAGGGAGGAGCAAGAAAACACAGAAAUUGGAGGAGAAAAAAGAGAUAUUGGAAGCCAAGACUGUGGCAAAGAAACUAACCAGGAGUUCUGCUGUGCCCAGAAUGACAAUAGAGGAUAUUUAAAAAAGCAAUGGUUGGAUGUAACCGACAUCGUGGAGGACAUUCUGCACAGAGAUGAAAAGUCUCCUGGCUCAGAAUUCUAGUAAAAACCAGAAGUGAGGGAUGGAAAGAUAUGAAGACACCUGAU